AUGCCGCUGACAAGUCAAAUAGAACAAUUUUGGGAAAUAGAAAGUUGCCCUGAGGGAAUGAUUUUAUCGAACGAGGAAAACGCACACGAAAGUCAUUAUAAAAGGAAUACAUGUCGGGAUCAAGAGAGCGGUAGAUAUAUUGUUAGACUUUCGUUCGAGGAAAAUGUAGUCGAUUUAGGCGAAUCAUAUACGACCGCGGAAAAGCGAUUCUACGCACUUGAGAGAUCUUUAGCGAAAAAACCGAAUAUAAAAGCGAAAUAUGUCGAAAAUCUACAGACAUACGAAGAAAGUCAUCACAUGACUGAGGUAAAAAACGUCUCUACUCACGAGGGCUGUCAUCUACCUCAUCAUGCAGUGAUUAAAGAGUCCAAUUUGACAACGCAACUUCGCGCAGUCUGCGAGAGCUUAGCCAAAAUGACAACUGGCUUAUCACUAAAUGAUACUCUUAUGGUACCAGGUGUAUACAUAUGA